CCUUUGCCAUCGAGGUGAUACUCCCCACCAUUAUCCACAUCACCUUCCACCUCCACCUCCACAACACAACGCUGCAAACACCAAGACAAACAACACCACAAGAUCACAUAGAACUUCUAACUUUGUGAGUUUCAAAACAGUGAACACAGAAACACCAAAACAGAAAACAAAAUGAAAGCUCAUCAUACCCACCAUUUCACAGAAAUCCAAAUCCCUCAGCAAAGAAGCUACAAUUCCAUUUCUUUUCCUUCAGUUCUGUCUCCAAACCCCACAACGGUUCCGUUUUCUUUGUCUCUUUUCACUGAAGCAAUCACGACCCAGAAGCAGUUUCUUGAUUCUGUACUGCAUGAAGCAGGAGCUGUGCUUUUUAGAGGUUUUGAUGUGAAGACGGCCAAGGACUUCAACGACGUCGUUGAGGCUUUUGGGUACGAUGAGUUGCCGUACCUGGGUGGUGCAGCUCCUCGGACCAACGUUGUUGGUCGGGUUUUUACAGCCAAUGAGUCUCCGCCUGAUCAGAAGAUUCCUUUUCACCAUGAAAUGGCUCAGGUUCCUGAGUUUCCAUCCAAGUUGUUCUUCUUCUGUGAAGUAGAGCCUGAAAGUGGUGGAGAAACUCCUAUAGUCCUGAGCCAUGUUGUCUAUGAAAGGAUGAAACAGAGGUACCCUGAAUUUGUUGAACAAUUAGAGCAGCAUGGAUUACUUUAUACAAGAGUACUAGGAGAGGAGGAUGAUCCCUCGUCACCAAUCGGCUGCGGUUGGAAAUCCACAUUCUUGACUGAAGACAAAAGCCUAGCUGAAGAAAGGGCUGCUAAGCUGGGAAUGAAAUUGGAAUGGAUGGAGGAUGGCGGAGUGAAAACAGUCAUGGGCCCGAUUCCAGCUAUCAAGUAUGACGAAUCAAGGCAACGAAAAAUCUGGUUCAACAGCAUGGUAGCUGCUUACACGGGGUGGAAAGACAAGCGAAACGAUCCAGUGAAGGCAGUGACUUUCGGGGAUGGCAAGCCAUUGCCAGCUGAUACACUCUAUGAUUGUCUGAAAAUCCUGGAAGAGGAAUCAGUUGCCGUUCCUUGGCAGAAAGGUGAUGUUUUGCUGAUAGAUAACUGGGCUGUGCUGCAUGCUAGACGAUCAUUCAACCCUCCACGCCGCAUAUUAGCUUCACUUUGCAAGUAGCAAAGGUUAAUUAAUAAUGGCUUGUGUAUGAUUUUCUGUAUGCCUGAAAUAGAUAUUAGAUGCUCUAGAAUAAAGGAAAGCCGAGUUUUCUGCUUGUAUACUAUGCCUGCUAUUGUGUCCUUGUAUAGCCAUUUUUGGUACAGCUGACACUGAAAAAGAUAGAGCGUGUAAAUGUGGACAUGAAUCAAAGUGUUAUUCUUCACACUAUCUUCUCUGAGAAGCUGCAUGCCUUAUCUAAGUGCAUUGAUGUUUAGUACUCAA